AUGAAUAGUCCUCAAAAGGUAGCUUAAGGCGCAGGUCGCAAAUUAUUCAAACAUUAUAUUAAUGAAAAUAUCAAAUCAAAUAAUGAAUAAAAGCUUUUCUUCUACAGAGUUAAUAGAUGGAGAUGGAAUACAAAGGAUAAUACAACUGCUCCUAAAUUCUUGAGAUUAAAGUAUCCUUUAUUAGUCACUGGUGUUUGUCUAUUUGCUUAUGAUUGGACUUAUGGUUUUACUUAAGUUGAUGCUCAUCAUUGA